GGACGAAAUCCAGGCUGCUUCUCAGGGCAUUCAGGGCCCUGCAUGAUCCUGCCGCCGCCCGCCUCUCACCCCAUUUCCUAACCCUCUCGCUCGCUCUGCUCCGCUCCGGCCACACUGGCUUCAUGACAGCUUAUCGAAAACCGCACGCUCAUUGCUCUCAGGCUCUGAACCGGCUCCCUCUGCCUGCGGUGCUUGUCUCCCAGCCCUUUCCCGCUGCCUCUUUCUCAUCGUUCAGGUCUCAGCUCAGAUGUCACCGCCUCGGAGAGGCCUUCCCUGACCACCUUCUCAAGAGUAACGCUUCUUUUUCUGGAUUCUCUUUUAAUCCUCUAACCUCUUUGCUUCCUCGUGGCUCUUAUCACAAUCGUAGUGGUGUUCUUUGCUUUCUUUGCUUAGUGUCUGCCUCCGCCACUAAAGUGAAAGCUGCAUGAGAGCAGCUUUGUUCCCUGAUGCAUCCCCAGCACCUAAGGCAGUGCCUCCCAGGAGGGGCGUUCAAUAAAUAUUUAUCCAGUAAUGGAAUUGAUAAAUCUAAUGAGUCUUUGGUCGCACAGCCAAGGGAACAGAUUGAACCCUGCCCCUUAUGCAGGGAUUUCCAGACAGGGCCACUGCCUAAUCCUCAGGUAUUUGAAAGACUGUCCUGUUUUAGGUAGAUACACUUGUUCUUGAUGACUCCAGAAGGCAAAAUUAGAACCAACCGGUAGAAAGGAUGGAGGCAGAUAAUCAGCUCAAUAUCCAAAUGACAGUUGUAACAGAUGGAAUUUAUUAAAGUUGGAGAGGGGCUGCUAACUCAGGCAGUGAGUUCCCCGUCACCGGAGGUGUAGAAAAGGCUGUUGGAGAAGUUGUAAGGAGAUUCCUGCACUGGCUAAAUUGAAUGACAUUAUGGCCCUUUGGGAUGCUGAACAUGCUGUGGUUCUCUGCCCCCAUCCCUGCUUCCUGGGACCAGGCCAGCCAUGUGACUGCCUCCCUCCCUUGCGGGCAGCAGCGGAGCAGCUUCGGCUGAAGGAUCUGAGGAUUUCCCAGCUGCAAGCUGAUCUCCAUCGUCCAGCCCCUGCCCCUGCCCAGCCCCCUGAGCCUGAGGCCCUGCCUACUAUCUAUGUUGUUACCCCCACCUAUGCCAGGCUGGUGCAGAAGGCGGAGCUGGUGCGGCUGUCCCAGACCCUGAGUCUGGUGCCCCGGCUGCAUUGGCUGCUGGUGGAGGACGCUGAGGGGCCCACCCCGCUGGUCUCGAGGCUGCUGGCCGCCUCUGGCCUCCUCUUCACACACUUGGCAGCCCUCACUCCCAAGGCGCAGAGGCUCCGGGAGGGCGAGCCGGGCUGGGUUCGUCCCCGAGGAGUAGAGCAGCGGAACAGGGCUCUGGCCUGGCUCCGGAGUGGAGGGGGCGCCGUGGGGGGAGAGAAGGACCCACCCCCGCCAGGGACCCGGGGAGUUGUGUACUUUGCCGAUGAUGACAACACCUACAGCCGCGAACUCUUUGAGGAGAUGCGCUGGACCCGUGGUGUCUCAGUGUGGCCUGUGGGGCUGGUGGGCGGCCUGCGAUUCGAGGGCCCUCGGGUGCAGGAUGGCCGGGUUGUGGGCUUCCACACGGCGUGGGAGCCCAACCGGCCCUUCCCAGUGGAUAUGGCGGGAUUUGCAGUUGCCCUGCCCUUGCUGUUGGCUAAGCCCAAUGCCCAGUUUGAUGCAGCUGCUCCCCGGGGCCACCUGGAGAGCAGUCUCCUGAGCCACCUUGUGGAUCCUAAGGACCUCGAGCCACGGGCUGCCAACUGCACUCGGGUUCUGGUGUGGCAUACACGGACAGAGAAGCCCAAGAUGAAGCAGGAGGAGCAGCUACAGCGACAGGGCCGAGGCUCAGACCCAGCCGUGGAGGUGUGAUGGACGCCCCACCCUGACUACCAUUUCUUCAGGCACAGACCUGUGGGACUAGGCCCCUGGCCUGCCCAGGAUGUGGUUUUCCAAGUCCUGACCCCUCAGAGCCAGGGGUGGCCCCGCUGCCAUCAGCCCAGCUGCUUUCCCCCUCCCCCAGCCUGCCAUGUGGCACUGCCCACAAGCUGGGGACAAGCAGCCCUUGUAUUGAGCCGGGUCAGCCCUGUCUGGGGCGGAGCAGGACAGACAGACUCAGGAGGGAGGGCAGCUGAAUAACUGGGUAACUUAUUGGGGCUGGGCAUGCACGGGGGGGCUGGAGGAGCUGGGCUGGACCCUCCCCACCUGAGCAUGCUGACCCCCCUCCUACCUCCAGAAUAAAAAAAUGUCAAUCUGAA